AUGGAUAGUUUUAGACCACCUGAAAACCCAAACCCAUAUGGUCCACCAGCACCUCCACGUUCAGACCCACCUUCACAACGAGGAUAUCGAGGGGGAAACCGUCGAAGGUCAAGAGAUAAGAGUCAAGAUAGCGGUUGGAGAUCUCGACAAUAUAAUGAACGCAACUUACGGUCAUACCGUGAUGGGGGUUCAACGUACAGAGACGGUUCAUAUUGCAGAGAAGGUGCAGCAUCUCGUGAUAGGAGAGAUAGUUGGGGUCAUCGACAUUAUAAUGACAGGUCCUCACGUUAUGGACGUGAUAAUAAUAAUGGACCGUCAAGAAACAGACAACAGGAAAGGCAACCUCCUUGGCAUCAAGACCGGUACCAUCAACAAUAUCAACAUCAAAAUGGGAUUGCGCAGAAUAAUUGGAAUUCCACAAGUCUUGCCGGAUCAUCUGGACCGCAUGGGCAUCACGGACCACAUCCUCCUGUGUCACACGGACCUACAAUGAUCCCAGUUCCAGGUCAACAUGCUCCAGGUUUAUCACCACAACUUGGACCCCCGGGUGUAUCUGGACAUGUUAAUUUACAUGGCUCACAUGUUCCUCCAGGGCCGCCUGGUCAAAUUGGCCAACAGGCUCAACAUAAUCAGAAUCAAUCAGGACAUUUGGGUCACCUAGGGCAACAUGAGCAUCACGAGAGGCAGCCUGCGCAAUUAGUACAACCAGGAGCACCUGGAACUCAUCCGGUUCUUCCUCAUUACGAACAAACACCAUAUCAGGAGCCUGCACCAUUUCAAGGACAAUUACCUCCUCAGAUACCGACCUGGGAUCAAAAUUAUCAUCCACAACCUCCUGGUCAUCAUUACCAGGAGACGUAUUAUCAUCCAUACGAUCAUUAUCAAAACCAAUAUAAUCCUUAUAUGAAUGGUGCUGAUAGUAUGGGAUAUAAUCAUCAUAUGGAAAAUAAGCACGCGAUGCCACCCCAACCACCCCAACCUCCACAACCUCCAAAUCCACCACAUGCCAACAUUCAUAUGAAUGUAAAUAAUGUACAACUGACUACACAGCUGCGAUCACCGAUAUCGCCACAUACGUCUUACCCACAGUCAUCGAUGCCAAUACAAUCGAUACAACCAACUCAUAUAUCGCAGCAACCAACAGUAGGGACAAGAUCUGUAAAGUCUCAUGUAUCUCCGAUUGAAGUCACUCCGGUGACCGUUAAAAAAUGUGCCGAGUUAUAUGAAAUCUUGAGUCAAGUAGGAGAGGGCACCUACGGUAAGGUUUACAAAGCAAGAAAUCGCGAGACAAAAGAAAUAGUGGCAUUGAAGAAGAUACGUAUGGAUCCAGAGAAAGAAAAGGAAGCUGGGCAGUUUCCUCUCACGGCAAUUCGUGAAAUUAAACUCUUGCAACAAUGCAAACACAAAAACGUCGUGCAACUAAAGGAGAUAAUGGUUUUCCAAGGCUUCGUAUACAUGGUCUUUGAAUAUAUGGCACAUGACCUAACCGGUGUUCUCGCGAACCCGAAGCUCAAAUAUGAAUCACAACACGUAAAAUGCCUUAUGAAGCAAACUUUAGAAGGUUUAGCCCACCUUCACGAAAAUGGAAUUUUACAUCGUGAUAUAAAAGGCUCAAACAUUUUAUUAAACAAUCGUGGAGAAGUAAAGUUGGCGGAUUUCGGACUCGCCCGUCAAUUUGAUAUUAAAAAUAAGCACGAUUACACCAAUCGUGUAAUAACGUUGUGGUAUAGACCCCCAGAGUUAUGUCUCGGAGCAACAGAAUAUAGUUGUGAGGUCGAUUUAUGGAGUGUAGGAUGCAUAAUGAUGGAAUUAAUAACGGGAAAACCAUUGUUUCAAGGUAAAGACGAGUUUUCACAACUGGAUAGCAUCUUCAAUUUGAUGGGCGUGCCAGACAAAAAAGAGUGGCCCGAAAUAACGGACCUAUCAUGGUAUGCAAUGGCAAAACGAAAUGGUCCGAAAGGUUCUAAAUUCCGUGAACAUUUCGAACAUAUGUUAUCUCCGUGUGCACUUCAGUUGGUCGAAUCACUACUUUCAGUAAAUCCAAAGAAAAGGCCGUCGGCUCUUAAAGCACUAAAUUAUACUUAUUUCACGACUGAAAGUCCACAUGCUUGUUCACCCUCAGAGCUUCCCGAAAUCUUAGGAGAUUGGCACGAAUACGAAUCAAAACAAAAAAACAAGAAAGCUAAUCCAUAG